AUGUUUCAAAAUCAAAUUCCUAAAUCUUUGUUGAGUGAUCGAAAUGCUGUCUUUACUUCUUCUCAUUUUAAGAAAUUUUUGAAACAUAAUAAAAUUCAACAAUUAUUGACAACUACACAUUAUCCGCAGUCUAAUGGCAAGGUAGAACGCCUUGGUCAAACAAUAAUUGCGUGUUUAAAAUGUAAAAUUAAUGAAAAACCUACUAAAACUCCUUGGCCUACUUUGUUAAAAGAUAUAGUUAAUAUUCAUAACUUAACUCCCCAUUCUGCAACAAAAUUUCCACCUGCAUACCUCAUGCAUGGUAGACUCCCCUAUGAAAAUCCCUUAAAUGAAGAAAUCUAUCCUCCUGUUGAGGAAGCUAAAAAAAUAGCAAUUCAAAGAACUAAAGAAAAUCAUGAAAGAAAUGAAAUUUAUUAUGAUGCUAAAUUUUUGGAUAUAGACUUUAAAACUGAUGAAUUGGUUAUGUUUGAAGAAUUUACUUAUCCUAAUACGAGGAAUUUGUCACCUCCUUUUAUAGGACCGUAUAAAAUUCCUCAAUAA